ACCCAGCCAACCUCCUCCCAAAACGUAAACUACCUCUCUCUCAUUUUCCCUCGGCUCUCUCUUCUCUCAGGCAUUUUCCGUCGUUUCGAUCUUCACACGUCGCCGGAGAUAUGGCCAAGAACGUCGGAAUUCUCGCCGUCGACAUCUACUUCCCCCCGGCCUGUAUCCAGCAGGAAGCCUUGGAGGCACAUGAUGGAGCAAGCAAGGGGAAAUACACUAUUGGACUUGGACAAGAUUGCAUGGCGUUUUGUUCAGAAGUCGAAGAUGUCAUCUCAAUGAGUUUGACAGUGGUCACAAACCUUCUUGAGAAGUAUGGGAUUGACCCAAAACAAAUUGGUCGCCUGGAAGUUGGUAGCGAGACUGUGAUAGACAAAAGCAAAUCUAUCAAGACCUUCCUGAUGCAAAUUUUUGAGAAACAUGGAAAUACUGACAUUGAAGGUGUUGACUCAACUAAUGCAUGCUAUGGGGGAACUGCCGCUUUAUUCAACUGUGUCAAUUGGGUGGAGAGUAGCUCAUGGGAUGGACGCUAUGGACUUGUUGUGUGCACUGACAGUGCGGUAUAUGCAGAAGGACCAGCCAGGCCAACUGGUGGAGCAGCUGCUAUUGCCUUGCUGAUUGGACCUGAUGCUCCUAUUGCUUUUGAAAGCAAAAUUAGGGGGAGUCAUAUGUCUCACGUCUAUGACUUUUACAAGCCAGACCUUGCCAGUGAAUAUCCGGUUGUUGAUGGUAAACUAUCUCAAACAUGUUAUCUGAUGGCCCUUGAUUCUUGCUAUAAGCAAUUAUGUAAAAAGUAUGAGAAAAUUGAAGGCAAACAAUUUUCUAUUGCUGAUGCUGAGUAUUUUGUAUUUCAUUCCCCAUACAACAAGCUGGUACAAAAAAGCUUUGCUCGUUUGGUGUUCCAAGACUCCGUGAGGAAUGCCUGCUCCAUUGAUGAGGCUGCUAAAGAAAAGUUCGCACCAUUCGCGAACCUAUCUAGUGAUGAGAGCUAUGCAAGCCGGGAUCUUGAAAAGGUAGCCCAGCAAGUUGCAAAGCCCCUGUAUGACGCAAAGGUGCAACCCACAACUCUGGUGCCAAAGCAAGUUGGAAACAUGUACACUGCAUCCCUUUAUGCUGCAUUUGCUUCCCUCCUUCACAACAAACAUGCCUCAUUGGACGGCAAGCGUGUGAUACUGUUCUCAUACGGAAGUGGCUCAACUGCAACCAUGUUCUCGUUGCAACUCCGUGCCGGUCAACAUCCCUUUAGCUUGGACAACAUUGCAGCUGUGAUGAAUGUUGGAGAGAAGUUGAAGUCAAGACAUGAGUUCGCUCCAGAGAAGUUUUGUGAAAUCAUGAAGAUCAUGGAGCACAGGUAUGGAGGCAAAGACUUUGUGACAAACAAGGACAUUAGCCUUCUACUUCCAGGCACGUUCUACCUCACUGAAGUCGACUCUAAGUAUCGUAGAUUCUAUGCCCAGAAGGAUGGCCUUGAGAAUGGUGUGGUUGCCAAUGGUCACUGAUUCGUCGAAAUAUCGAAGUCUGUAAUGCCACGAAUGACGUCGGCAUUUAUAUGUUCCUAGAUUGUCAGUUGUAACUCGAGAACAACAGAAUACCCUGCACUCUGUUAAGUUUGUAUGUUAAAAGCAAAUAGUUUUUUUUUUUGACUUUGUUAAGGGGAACUCAAAGGCUUCCUAGGCCCAAGAUAAAUCCUUCCGGCGCAUGUAAAAUGCUCUAACUGUGCAUUACAGUACAGUGUCUGGCCACAUUGUAUGUUAAAAGCAAAUAAUUUGUUUGGCAGCAAGUGUUGUCAGGUUAAAUUAUUUUUUCCUCUUUUUCUUCAAUAAAUUGUUCAAUAAUUGUUUAGAAUUAAA